GGAAGGUAGGGAGGGAAAGUUGGCAUGGUUGAGAAAGAAGCAGGGAUGUGUAGGGGGCAUGGGGAGGGUGCGUGGCGUGGCAGGGAGGGAUACAGGCGGGUGAGGGAGGUAAGGUGGGGGCACUGGUAGGUAGGGAAGGGUGGGGUGGAGACAGUGGGGGGAAUAGGGUAAGGGAGGUGAUGGGGGAGUAGGGGAGGGGAUGGAGGCACUAAACGGAGUGGCUGUCGUGGCAGUGGAGGUGGAGGUUGUGAGACAGUCAGCGUGUGUAGUGUGAGGUGCCAAGUGCUGCUUCGCUCACCACUCUCCCUACCUCCCCUGUGACUUCCCGUAACGACCUAGUGACCCGCCGUGCUGGCCCAGGUGAACUCAUGAAAACCUAAUUGUCGCGACACGUUGUGAUUGUCGCCGCCUCGGUGCUUUACUCGAGGAAAAACAGACGCAACUGUUUGAUGCAGCAGCUCAAGCUCGGCGAAAGUUGCGAUCUGGUUGUGGGAUGAGUAAGUGAGAGUGGUGGUGGUGGUGCGUGGUGAUGAGAGUAGAAGGCGUGUGCAGGGUUGACCUGCGCGCCCUGUGAUGACCGCAGCACCGCCCGCCGCCCUCACCUGCAGGAGAAGGGGCCCCGCCCCCGGAGGGUCGCCCCGGGCCGGAGUGUGCGGGCAGGACCCCCAUGUGCUGGUGGUCGCCGCGUGCCGGCGGGGACGUGAUGCGUGAGAUCGGGGACAGUGGCCGCUGCAACGGUGGGCCAGCGGCGCCCCGGGAGCACGGCGGCGGCGUGGGGGGCGGCGCGGGGGACGGCGGGGGAGGGCAGCAGCUGGGGGGCGAGGACCCCGAGGAGACGACGCCCCUCACCCUGCUGGCGGCCGAUCCCCCCGACAAGGACCUGACGGACAUCAACAGUCUGCUGGACGACAUCCACAAGCUGGGGGGCCGCGGUGACAGCAUCCCGCUGCGCUCCCUCACGCCAGGGCCAGACCGGGAGCCGUCCUCUCGCCGCCACACGCCCGUCUCCCAGCCCCGGGCGUCGCACAGCCGCAAGCCCAGCAGCAGCUCCUCUGAGGAGAUCAUCGAAGUAGAGCCUCGAGCAGCGGCUCAGGUAAGACUUAACGCUUCCUUUUUCCUCUUGUUGUUACGCACCACCUCCCACAACCCCCCUGCCCUCACCACCUCUGUCCUCCCCUGCUCUCCCCUGCCCUGCCCCUGUAGUCAGAGUGAUCAGCAGAGGCUGGGUUCGUACCGUGCCCACCAAAGCUUCAAUACUGUAUUAAUAGCUCGUCUCGGCUCAGUAGAGCCGCUUGUUUAUCGAGGCAGUGAGGCAGAGCAGCCACUGAACUAACUCAUCCCCAGCGGCCACCUCGUUCAGUACACACGAGUCUCAAUUACUCCCCUGAGGCUGCCUGACUGCCUAACUGCCUGACUGGCUUAUUGGCCGAGUGGAGGUGGUGCUGACUGACCUGUCAUGAAUGGAGUGACUGGCUAGGUAGAAGGUUGCAUGGUGUUGAGUGACUGAUUGAGAGGCGCGUGCUGACUGGCUGAAUGAUAGCAAGGCCUCACUGGAUCUCCGACGUGGCGGUGCUGACUGGGGGAAUGAAAGUGUGGCGGUGGCGGCAGGGUGGCAGAGUGAUGGCAGCGGGGUCUGGAAAUACCUGAACCCUGUCUGCCUCACCAUUUUGAUCAGAUUGCGGGCAGCGGGGAAAACUUUGUGUCGGAAGUAGAAGGAAAGUUUGAUACUGUGGGUCUGCGGAGUCGGCGGUGUGAGGCGGUGAUGGAGAGGAGGAGGAGGAGGAGGCAAUAGAGGAGCGAAGAAAUUGGGGAAGGAGGAGGGAAGAAGAGAUGAAGACCAUGAGGAGAAGGAAGGAGAGGAGAUGGUGUUAAUGGCCCUAGGAAAGUAUCGGGGACAUCACAUGUAGAAGACCGAGGAGAAACUGUUGGAGGCCCUGUGGGAGAUCAACUCUAGUUCUUAGUUGCCUGAAGUAUAUCGAGUCUGCCUCUGAGUGGACGAAGGACGUGUGCGCUGAGUGUGAGCUGUAGGCGGCUUGUUUCUUCUCUAGUCCCUUAAAGGUGGUUUUCUCUCAUCAAACUCAAGGAAAACCAGGGAUAAAUUUUGUACUGUAGAUAAUUCUGCAUUUCAUUUCUCGUCCACGUCUUUGUAAUGUUUGUAAGGACGGUGAAGUGAUAUAUUGGUCAUUUUUUGGAUUACCUAGAGAAACGUAAUUAUUUUUUGAUGAUCUAGGGAGGAUUUGUAAACUGAAUCUAAUACCACUUUAUAACUUUACUUACAUACAUACAUACAUACAUAUAUACAUACAAAC